AUGACGGACCCCAAAAUUUCAGCAUUCUACGUGGCAGUUCAGGAAAUAAACUCCUUAAUUCAAACAGGAGCAUCAUGUAGUCGAUCGCUGGAGGAGAAGAUUGUGGAGCAUUUAGAAAGUAGUCAAUUGUUGGGAAAAUUGCCGAAAAAUGGGAAUUUAGAGGAGGUUUUCAUGGAGGUAACCAAACACGGACUCCGAAUAUCAUCCCAGCGAUCUCGACUCGUCAAACUACGGAUUCCGCUGAUUGAACUCGUCUUAUUGACGACGUUCGUCGAUGGAUUUGGGAAAACCCAUGCGGUGUUCGUCGAGAAGAGCACAACGACGAGAUAUCAACUACACCUUUUACAGUUGGCUGAUGACAAGGCGGCGAAUGUUUUGUGUAGUUUAGUUAAGAACGCGUUUAUCGAAGCGGAGGAAGCGAGUGCUCUCAUCGAAGUCAUCGAACCUCCAUCACCGUCUAUUGCUUGA